AUCAUCACGAGGAAAAGGCGCUCCGUGCAGGAUCUGACGAUUUACAUAUCUUUACGCAUUCGCUCGCGUGGUUGUUUUUAAUUAUUUAUUUCUUUUUAAUGUUUAUUUUCGUUGACCUGAAAAAUGCACACUUCAAAGCUCAUUUUCAACUACGUGUAGCUAUUUGGUUAUGAGUGCCAAACAGAUUUUGUUCAAUGCGCAAAACAUAUGACUCUCACUGGAAUGGGAGAAGUCAGGGAUGGAAAAAAAAUAAAUAAAUAACAGAAAUAAUAUUUAUAUGCAGGUUAUGCACCUGUUCACGUGAAAGAUAUUUAGUAUGUAUACAACACAACACAUUACGUUUGCUCUAUUUUUUUAUUUAUUUAUUUUUUUUAAAAUUAGAAAAUGUAUGGUUGCCAGAUUGGAAUUUCUCAAUGACUAUGCUCUUAGAAAAUGUUAAUACGUGUUCUUCAGUGGGUUCUUUGUAUUGUUAAGGGUUAUUUGCUUCUGAAAAAAAGUUCUAGUUUAGAUGAAUAAACACUUUAUUGUUGGGUUGUAUGUAGAACAUUUAAGGGUCCCCUGAGGAACAUCCAAAGAACGUGGAUUUCAACCUUCCCCAUCACCCAAAAAAGUGUCAUUGCGGUUUAACGUCCCAAUACAAUCUCAAAUUGUAAUACUGAAUCAUAAACGUGAGAAUAAAAGCUAACUGUGCUUUCAUUUGGCACUUCUUUUCUCAUUCAUUUCCUUUUCUCCAAAAAAAAAUUGUGAAAGAAGUGUUAGUGGCACAUAUAGUAACAUAAGAUACUUUGUUUAUUAAUUUGCAUUUAUUUACUAACACACUUUGGAGGGAAAUUUAUCCAAUCUGGUAAGCGAGAGAGAGAGAGAGAGAGAUGAUGAUGAUGAUGAUGAUGAUGCGUUAAAAGACCAGUAUGAUCUUUACGCAUUACGCACCGCAUUAUACAUUGUAACAGAUGCUUUGCUUUAUUUAUUUCAGCUUAGUAACAUAGUGCAUAUUAACCACAGAACACUUUCUAUUGUUUUCUCUCCUCAGACUGUGUGUGAAAAUGUACCGAGGACUGCUGUUGGUGUUCCUCAUCCUUCUGGUUGAGACUCGGCUCAGUGAGUCGAGCUGCGCGGAACAAGAGACGCAGAGAUCAGCCUCGGACGAGAGUUCAAGUUUCCGACUCGCGACUCGUAACUUGCUGAAGCGGUAUCACGACAUAGACUACGACAGUUUUGUUGGACUGAUGGGCCGCAGGAGCGCCGAUGCUGCUGCUGCUGCUGAGGACCAGUCUCAGCGUAAAAGAGAAAUGCAUGACAUCUUUGUGGGACUUAUGGGACGGCGAAACAGUGAAGAUGACACUGAACGUCCAUGGAGAAAAGACUACCCAGAGACACGUGGCCUGUUCUUUAACAAGUGCAGACUGAGGUUUCGUCGUGGGUUAUAGGCAAAAAUCCUCUGGACCAGCUGUUCCAUUCUCACAGGAUGAACUCCUUUUCAUGACACACUUUGCAAAAAAUAAAAAAAAGAGUCAAAUAAUUACACAAUAGCAAUUAUUCUAAAUUAUAUUUGUCGAAGGAUGAUGAUUUAUGUUGAACUGCAACUAGAACUUACAUAGAUUUGUAUAUACCAGUAGCAGUAUAUAAAUCUCUAGAAACAACAUCUUUAUCUGACUAUAUUUAUUUACCAUAUUAACUUUCUAAUGUAAAAAAAAAAAGCAUAAUUUUUGUAAAUAAAUGUAUUAUUUAAUUGAGCUCAUCAUUGAUACACAGAGAACAUUGUAUAUGUUGGUGCAUCAAUAUAUUUGAAGGUCUAAUAGCCUCAGCAGCACAAAACAGGGGAUGCUGUGUUUAAAAUCCAGUUAUUCUGUGUGCUACAUAUUAAGAUUUCACAUGUAGCAUAAUGUAGAGAACAGAUUUUAGAAAUGGAGAAAAAUUCACACAAUGAAUAUGAUUUGCAUGAUAUUAGGUAUAGUUGAAAUGUGCAGGCUCAAGGCCAUCUGGUAUUUUUAUCGUGUGUGUGUCUUAUCGGGUUAUGUGUGUAACCAGCAGCAAGUCUUUCACAUGCAACUUAUGGCAGAGGAGCCAUAAAAAUGACUUAACAGUAUAGAGUUGAAUGGCAGUGAUGUGUGGAAUUACUCAGUUUCAGGUGGAACAUGUUGAAAAAUAAAUACAGACUGACAUUUUAAUUUCUCUCAUGCCAUGUCCAGUGCUCAUCAGCUUUGAUAUGGUUCAUAGACAGUAGAUUUUGGUGGAUUAAAUGGUUAAAAAGAUCAAAGAAAAAAAAAAAAAAGUGUUAUACAGUAGACACUCCAAAAAC